CUCCCAGUCACGCUCUCUCCUCCCCCCUCCUCCCCAAGCAAGGACGGCGAGACUGCGGCUGAGCGGGCGCGCUUCUCUGCUGCGGCGACGCGGACGGCCCGACUAGCUUCGCCUGUCCCUGCCCGGGCGAGACCCCCGCCUGCCUCCCGUGCCGCCCCCAUCGCCCGCCCAGCCCCACACCAUGAUCCCGCCGCGGGAGCCGAUGCCCGGCCGCGCGCGAGCAGCGCGGGGCAGCGCGAGGAUGGGAGCGGGGGGGCAGACUCUGUGAGGCCGGCGCUCCCGGCUCCUUCGCCCCCCGAGCCCCGUCGCAGGCAGCAUACCGCUGCUCACCCCGCCGCCGGCAGCCCUCCAGCGAGCCACAGGCCCUGACUGCCAAAAUGUUGAUCAAGGAAUAUCACAUUCUGCUGCCCAUGAGCCUGACAGAGUACCAAGUGGCUCAGCUCUACAUGAUUCAGAAGAAGAGCCGUGAGGAGUCGAGCGGCGAGGGCAGUGGGGUGGAGAUCCUGUCCAACCGGCCCUACAGCGAUGGCCCAGGCGGCAGCGGUCAGUAUACACACAAGAUCUACCAUGUGGGCUCUCACAUCCCUAGCUGGUUCCGUGCCCUCCUACCCAAGGCAGCUCUGCAGGUGGAGGAAGAGUCCUGGAAUGCCUAUCCCUACACGCGCACCAGAUACACCUGCCCCUUUGUGGAGAAGUUUUCUAUUGAGAUUGAGACCUAUUACCGACCAGACGCUGGGAAACAGAACAAUGUCUUCAACCUGAGUGCUGUGGAGCGCAGGCAAAGGAUUCUGGACACAAUUGACAUUGUGCGGGACCCCAUCUCACCCGGCGAAUACAAGGCGGAGGAAGACCCACGGCUUUACCACUCAGCCAAAACAGGACGUGGGCCUCUGGGAGAUGACUGGCUGGAGAAUGCAGCCGCGGGAUCCCUCAUGUGUGCCUACAAGCUUUGCAAGGUGGAGUUUCGCUACUGGGGCAUGCAGUCCAAGAUUGAGCAGUUCAUCCACGAUGUAGGUCUGCGGAAGGUGAUGCUCCGGGCCCACCGCCAGGCCUGGUGCUGGCAGGAUGAAUGGAUAGAUCUCACCAUGGACGACAUCCGGAGGCUGGAGGAAGAGACGGCACUCAUGCUGGCUCAGAAAAUGGCCAAGUGCAUCGAGCCCGACACAGGGCCUGCAGUGCCCAGCCCUGAGAGCCCGGCUGAGCUGGGUGGCUGCGAGAAGCAGGAUCGUGUCGACAACCUAAGGGCUCCGGAUUCCUCUCCAGAUGAUCCAUUUGCCAAGCAGUGGUCGUCGUCUUCUCGGUCAUCGUAUUCUUCUCAGCAUGCUGCUGGAGUAUCUCCUCACAGCUUAUCAGAGUGGCGGAUGCAAAAUAUUGCACGGGAUUCUGAAAACAGCUCUGAAGAGGAAUUCUUUGAUGCUCAUGAAGACUUCUCCGACAGUGAUGAUGUUUUUGCCAAGGAAAUCACCAAGUGGAACUCAAAUGACUUUCUCGACACUCUAGAGCGACCCAUUGAGCCAGAUGAUGUUCUUGUUGAUGCUGUGGCUGCCAAGCCAGACAGUGAUGGUGUCGUGGCACCUGGCCCACCAGAGGCUGGCUCAGAAGGCAACUCCGGGACAUGCCGUAUCCAUGCGCUUUUCCUGAUCCUCCACAGCGGCAACAUCCUGGACCAGGGCGUGGGAGAGCCGGGCUCCAAACAGGCCGAUGUGCACACGCUCAGCGCCACCUUGGACACAGUCACCCGCUUACACUUCCCCGAGGCACUGGGGCACAUUGCGCUGCGCCUGGUGCCUUGCCCGCCUAUCUGUGCUGCUGCCUACGCCCUCGUCUCUAAACUCAGCCCCUACAGUCAUGAUGGCGACAGUCUGUCCAGUAGCCAGGACCACAUUCCAUUGGCCGCUUUGCCUCUCCUGGCCACCUCCUCAGGCAGCUACCAGAAUGCCGUCGCAACCGUCAUUUCCCGUACCAACCAGGCCUAUGCCAAUUUCAUCCGCUCUCCUGAUGGUGCAGGCUUCUGUGGCCAGGUGCUGCUGAUUGGGGAUUGUGUUGGUGGAAUCCUGGCCUUCGAUGCCCUCUGCCAUAGUCGUGCUGGUGGGUCAGGGAGUCGUGGGAGCAGUCGCCGUGGCAGCAUGAGUACUGAGCUGCUUUCUCCAGAGACUUCUGUUGUGCGAGACCCCCUGCUUGAGAGGGCAGAAGUGUGUGGGGUGGGCCGCGCCAGUCCUGAGCCCGGGGCACUUCCCUCCAUCCAGAAACCCAGUGACAACGUGACGCAGGAGGGCGAUUCCUCACAACAACAACAACAGCAGUUCUUGACCAGCCUGCAGGCUAGCAUGCCUGCCUCGGAGGCAGAAGGAGACCCUCGACGUAGCAGCAACUCGUCAUCCUCGAUGAUAGAGACCUUUGAGGGGCCAAGCACGGUUGGGAAGCUGGAGUUCAAGGUGUCUGGUUUCUUCUUAUUUGGCUCACCCCUGGGGCUGGUUCUUGCACUCCGCAAGACGGUGAUGCCGGCACUGGACGUGGCCCAGAUGCACCCAGCCUGCGAGCAGGUCUACAACUUGUUUCACGCGGCUGACCCCUGCGCCUCGCGCCUGGAGCCUCUGCUGGCCCGCCAGUUCCACGCCGUGCCUCCCUUUGGCAUACCCCGUUACCAGAAAUAUCCUCUGGGAGACGGAUCGUCCACGUCACUGGCUGAGGCCUUGCAGAGUCACUCUUCCCUCUUCAUGGAUGAAUUAGACCUUGUGACACCGCCCACUCCAACUAGUGCUUUUGGGGGUUUCUGGAAAGGGAAUGAGGCAACCACGUGUGAGACUACUAUAACCAGCACCAAUGAAGUUGUGAAGAUUCUGGAUCGUUGGUGGGGUGCUAAACGCAUUGACUACUCUCUCUAUUGCCCCGAGGCAUUGACGGCCUUCCCCACCAUCACCCUCCCUCACCUUUUCCAUGCCAGCUAUUGGGAAAGUGCCGAUGUGGCGGCUUUCAUCCUGCGCCAGGUGAUUGAGACAGAGCAGCCCCAAGUGACAGAGAAUGAGGAGAGUUCCAUCUACAGCCCAGCAUUUCCUCGUGAAAAGUGGCAGCGGAAACGAACACAAGUGAAGAUCCGGAAUGUGACAGCAAACCACCGCGCCAGUGAUGUCAUCGUGUGUGAGGGGCGACCCCAGGUCUUCAGCGGGCGCUUCAUGUAUGGCCCGCUGGAUGUGGUGACACUGACUGGGGAGAAGGUGGAUAUCUACAUCAUGGCACAGCCACUGUCAGGAAAAUGGGUGCACUAUGGCACAGAGGUGACAAGUGGGAGUGGCAGACUCUCCUAUACCCUCCCUGAGGAGAAGAUGCUGGGCAUUGGCAUGUACCCUGUCCGAAUGGUAGUGAGGGGUGACCACACCUAUGCCGAGUGCUUCCUAACUGUGGUAGCAAAGUCCACACCUUGUGUUGUUUUUAGUAUUGAUGGCUCCUUCACGGCCAGUGUCUCUAUUAUGGGCAGCGACCCCAAGGUGCGCGCUGGUGCUGUUGAUGUAGUAAGGCAUUGGCAGGACUCCGGUUACAUGAUCAUCUACGUGACGGGGCGUCCAGACAUGCAAAAGCACCGUGUGGUGGCCUGGCUUACCCAGCAUAACUUCCCCCAUGGGGCUGUCUCUUUCUGUGACGGCCUCACACAUGACCCUCUUCGACAGAAGGCUGCCUUUCUACAGGGCCUUCAGCAGGAGGCAGAGGUGACUAUAGUGGCUGGCUAUGGAUCCACCAAGGAUAUUUCAGUCUACAGUUCUCUAGGGCUUCCCGCAUCUCAAAUCUACAUUGUGGGCCGGGCUGUGAAAAAACUGCAAAGCCAGUGCCAGUUCCUGUCAGACGGCUACGUGGCACACCUGGCACAGCUGGAAGCGUCAUCUCUUGCCCACUCGCCGAAGGGAACGACAAGGCCCACGCUGGGCAAAGGCAGCUACGGCUGCCCUGCUCCCGUCGACUUCCUGCGCAAGCAGAGCCAGCUGCUGCGUUCGAGGGGGCAGAGUCAGGCCGAGCGAGAGGGGCAAGGGAACGCCCAGCCCCGAGCCAAGACGCGCAGCGUUAGCCUGAAGUUGGAGAGUGAGGAGUGAGCCCGCCGUGGGGUAGUCUCUGCAUUUUCUGACUCGCAGUGGCUGGUGCCAGGGCUGGGCCUGUGGGAGGCCACGGUUGUGAGAGAAAGGGGCCAAGAAUACUAGGUAUGGUUGGUCAGGGGGAAGAGUGAGAGAGGGGGCUCUGCCCAGCAGAGGCCGCAAGCUGGCAUACAGUGCCACAAGGAUACGGAGGAGAGAACUUCUAUAUAAUCCCAGAGAUUGCUUCCAUUCCCAUUAGUUCCAACUCCUGUCUGUUCUGUUUUGUGGUCUCUUCUGACCUGCAGUUCAGCCAGUGUCCCUCAAGUCAUACCCUCUGGGGAUUAUGGGGUGGGAGGGGGGGGGAAAGGGACAAAUGGGGGUGGGGAUGUUCAUAUUACCCUGACUUAAAAGUGUGCUACGUUGCUUGUGAAUUGAUUGUUCACAUUCCUCCCCCUUUUCAAAUUAUUGAGGUCUGGGAUAUAUAGUAUUCCACUCUCCCCAUUUGAUGCCACGUGAGGCAGUAGUGGGUCCAGCCCCAACCAUCUCCCAGGUCUUCCUAUAUCCCUCUGUGGCUAAGGUUAGGGUGGGUGGUUAGGGAAAUAUAUACAUCAGGGAUCCCAGCUGCCCCUUUCCUGCAGAGGUUGAGCGCCUUGCUCCAGUCCCUAGUGCCGUUUCUCAGUCCAAUCCUGCCUGUGCCCCGGUCUUUGGGUGUCUGCAUGAUACUGCCCUCCUGUGCAUGUAUUGUGUCCAGUGUGAGAGCACAGGAUAGCCAUGAAUAAGGAUGAAUCCAUACUUCCUUUCUGACAAAGGAGGGCUUGGUAUUUAUUUCAUUGUGUCAGAAUUGCCGGGAAGUCGAAUCCUGUUUUGGAGGAUUUGUGGGGGUUUUACAUUUAUCUUUAAAUGUGUUAUAAAACUGAACAAAUAAAAUAAAAUCAAAAA